AUGGCUCGAGCUUCAACGCCGCAGGGAAGCCUGCGACAGCGGGGCGGAGCGUCCAAGCAGACGCUCAGCGAAUCUACCUUUGCCCCCGAGGUCGAGCUCGAUAAACUGUCCAAGGCAGCCGCAUCAUCGCGUCAAAACGUCCAGCGAGGCGAGAUCGAGCACAAGAUUGCAUUGACUCUGGUCACCAUUCUCGGCUUCGUCACCCGAUUCUGGGGCAUCAGCCACCCUGACGAGGUUGUCUUUGACGAAGUGCACUUCGGAAAGUUUGCUUCGUACUACCUCCAGCGAACCUACUUUUUCGAUGUUCACCCUCCUUUUGCCAAGCUGCUCUUCGCCUUUGUUGGCUGGCUGGUUGGAUAUGACGGCCACUUCCACUUCGAAAACAUCGGCGACUCCUACGUCGCCAACAAAGUUCCCUACGUCGCUUUCCGAGCCCUGCCCGCCGUCCUCGGUGCAUUGACCGUGUCCGUCACCUAUUUGAUCAUGUGGGAGUCGGGCUACAGCUUGCCCGCUUGUCUUGUCGCUACUGGCUUGAUUCUCCUGGACAAUGCUCACAUUGGCCAAACGCGCUUGAUUCUCCUCGAUGCCACCCUGGUUCUCGCCAUGGCCUGCAGUCUCUUGUUCUACAUCAAGUUCUACAAGCUGCGACAUGAGGCGUUUAGCAGGAAGUGGUGGAAGUGGCUCAUCUUGACUGGCUUUGCGCUGUCCUGCGACAUCUCGACCAAAUACGUUGGCCUCUUCGCUUUCGUUACCAUUGGCUCCGCAGUCAUUAUUGAUCUCUGGGAUCUUUUGGAUAUCAAGCGACGCAACGGUGCCAUCAGCCUGCAGUUGUUUGGAAAGCACUUUGCUGCCCGCGCCAUUGGCCUCAUCGUUCUGCCAUUCCUCUUCUAUCUCUUCUGGUUCCAGGUGCACUUUGCCGUCCUGACUCGAUCCGGCCCUGGCGACGACUUCAUGACGCCAGAAUUCCAGGAAACCCUGAGCGACAACGUCAUGCUAGCAAAUGCUCUCGACAUUCACUACUAUGAUUACAUCACCAUCAGGCACAAGGAGACCAAGGCCUACCUUCACAGCCACCCCGACCUCUAUCCCCUGCGAUAUGAUGAUGGCCGUAUCUCCAGCCAAGGCCAGCAGAUUACUGGUUAUCCCCACAACGACACAAACAACUACUGGCAAGUUCUUCCUUCCGACAAUGUGCACAACACGGAGCGCAUUGUCAGGAACUUCGACCUAGUUCGACUUAGGCACAUUGUCACGGACAAGAUUCUGCUCUCUCACGAUGUCGCUUCGCCCUAUUUCCCCACCAACCAAGAGUUUACCGCUGUGGCUUCUGAGGAAGCUUUUGGCGAGCGCCAAAACGACACCCUUUUCGAGAUCCGAGUUGAAACAGCCAAGGUCGGCGCAGAGUUCAAAACUGUUGCCAGCCACUUCAAGCUUAUCCACUUCCCCAGCAAAGUUGCCAUGUGGACACAUACCACUCCUCUGCCUGAGUGGGGCUAUAAGCAGCAGGAAAUCAAUGGCAACAAGCAGGUUACAGUCAGCUCCAACAUGUGGAUUGCCGAGGACAUUCCCUCGCUUCCUCAAGAUGAUCCCCGCCGCCAAAAGGAGCAGCGAAAAGUCAAGUCACUGCCGUUCCUCCGCAAGUGGUUUGAGCUACAGAGGUCAAUGUUUUACCACAACAACAAGCUGACCAGCAGCCACCCGUACUCCAGCCAGCCUUACCACUGGCCAUUCUUGCUUCGCGGAGUGAGCUUCUGGACUCAGAAUGAUACACGUCAACAAAUCUACUUUGUUGGCAACCCCAUUGGCUGGUGGAUCACCAGCAGUCUUCUGGCUGUGUUUGCUGGCAUUAUCGCAGCUGACCAAAUCUCUCUCCGCCGAAACAUUGAUGCUCUAGACCAUCGCACACGUUCGCGACUCUACAACUCUACGGGUUUCUUCUGGCUUGCCUGGGCUACUCACUACUUUCCAUUCUACCUUAUGGGUCGUCAACUCUUCCUUCACCACUAUCUCCCAGCCCAUCUAGCCUCUUGCUUAGUCACAGGUGCUCUCGUCGAGUUCAUCUUCAACUCUGACGCAGUGGAGGAGGAAUCUCCCAAGUCUGGCAACCGUGUAGGCCCUAAAAGACAUGUUACGGCCCGUGAGCGAUUCGCUGGUAAGAGCAUGCUUGGUGCUUGGAUUGCCUGUGGUGUGAUUCUUUCUGCCGCUGCCGCUUGCUGGUACUUCUUCUUGCCUUUGACUUACGGUUAUCCCGGACUGUCUGUAGAGGAAGUUGUCAGGAGAAAGUGGCUCGGAUACGACCUCCACUUUGCCAAAUAA